CUCACGUUGAUUGUUAAGCUGAGGAUAUUUUGCAGUAAAAUUGACCCGAUUCAGGUGUUGGUGCUGAGAGUGCGAUGCUCUAUGUUUCAUCCGCAGUGCGAUGCUGAGACAAAGUUUGGGGCUUUUUGUGGAGAAUGAAUUUUGGGAGUUGUGAUACGAAGUUCAUUCAUUUCAGAGAAGUGCUGCGGGCGAUGAACACCACUUGGUUCUUUGGGACGCUGUUCCACGUGGUGACCUACGCAACGGUCACCUUCUGGGCCAUUUCUCCGGCGUUGAAGGGAGAAUUUGCACUGCUGUUGCCGUCGUGGUUUCCUUUUGAUUACCGUCAAUCGGCUUGGGUAUACGGAGCAGUUUGGUUUUAUCAAACACUUUCGUUGUACAUCUGUGCGACCUUUAACGUGGCCACUGAUACCAUGAUAAUUGGGUUGAUUUCUCACAUCGGAGGACAGGUUGGAAGGUUAGGGGUGUUGUUUUCUAAGAUGGGCCACGUUGCUCCCGGUGCUAAAAGACAGAUUGACCUUAGUUGUAAAAUUUGCAAUUCUCUGUCACCAUUGCUGAAUAACAUCGAGAAGCUCGCCAAAAUCCAUGGAGAACCUUAUGCUUAUCUGAUUGAGCUGAUAUUAUUUCACAAGGAAAUUUUAAGAUUUGCAUACGAGGUAGUGGACAUCUUCAACGUUUCAAUAUUUUCCCAAAUCAUGGCAUCGGUAAUCAUCAUCUGUAUGACUGCGUUGAAAGUCAUAUCGGACCGCAAUGUGGUAUCGAUGAUUGGAAAUCUUAUUUAUUUGUUAACGAUGAUCUGCCAGAUUCUACAAUUUUGCUACGUCGGAAACGAUAUAAGCUAUUCGACUGGAAAAUUUAACGAAAUGGCAAUAUUUAGUAACUACCCCGAAUUCAACAAAACUACAGCCAGAGCUUUUCUCAUUUAUUUGACAAAAGUAAUUCAGCCAGCCGAUAUUAAAGUUGGUAAAGUCUUCAAAUUUUCUUUGACGUUAUCCACUUUUCUUUGGAUUCUCAAAACAUCCUAUUCCUACUUUGCUGUCCUCAACAGUGUGCGGUCGUAAAUUUCCACAAAAUUUGUU